AUGGUGUUGUACAGCGACAAUGCCACUUUCUUCAAUGGAGUCUUUCAAAAUGUGGAAAGUGUUGCAUUAUUUUUUGACUGCCUGGGUUCUCACUUCACCUGGUUACAGUCUAUCUUCACUAACUUCCCUGCUCUGCUCAACUUUGUGAACAAAAUGAAGUGUGUUACUGGUUUCUGUCCCAGGGAUUUUGAAGACUAUGGUUGCUCCUGCCGAUUUGAGAUGGAAGGGCUCCCCGUGGAUGAAGCUGAUGACUGCUGUUUCCAGCACCGCAAAUGCUAUGAGGAAGCAAUGGAGAUGGAGUGCACAUGGGAUCCAGCAAAGAUUUCUACAGAUGUCAGCUGCUCGACUGAAAACCUGACCUGUGAUUCUGGGGAUCCCUGUGAACAGCUCCUCUGCAACUGCGACAAAGAUGCCUUAGAAUGCUUUGUGAACGCACAUAUUAACUCUUCCAUGAAUGGGCUGGAUGUUUCCUUCUGUCCAUCUCUGGUUACAGAGCUCCUUCAUCACGGGAGUGACAAAACCCAGGCUGCAACUGUAUCCAUGGAAGAAGUGAAUUCUUUUGAGCCCAGUGAUAUGGUUCUGGGGACUUCCAAAGCCGGAGUUACCACAAGGGACCACAGAGGUACAGCUUCUCCUCCCUCCGUCCCUGCGAUAAAAGAAGAGGAUGGAUUUAUGGAAGCUGCGGUCCCAGUGGGAGAGAUAACCACCUCGCCAGCCUCAUUCCCAGGAGAUACUAACUCAUUGCAAGCCAAAAUUGUCCCCACCGAGAAGAUUCCUGCAGGCACAUCUGCAAGGACAAAAGACAAAGAGACAAGCCCUGCAGCGCGUGGCCAGAGCACAGCUUCCUCUGGAAUCGCUCUGGGACUGGUGCUGUCUGACACGGGACCCCAUGAACCUGAAGGAAAAGUGUGUGAGCGAUUAACCUUUCUGCAAGAGAGAGGAAGUGGAAGAGUGAAGAGGGAGCUGCCCCAGCUAGGAGAAAUGCUGUUCUGCUUAACUGAGCGAUGCCCAGAGGAAUUUGAGUCUUACGGUUGCUACUGUGGCCAAGCAGGAAGAGGUCACCCUGCUGAUGCACUGGACAGGUGCUGCUUCUCUCAUCACUGUUGUAUGGAACAAGUUAAGAAACUUGGAUGUAAUGCAGAAAGAAGCUCAAGAUCUGAAGUCGUAUGUUUUGAUCAUAAGCCAAAAUGUAUUGGUUGGAGCAUGUGUGAGAAACUACUGUGUGCUUGUGAUAAGACAGCAGCCGAGUGCAUGGCUUCUGCCUUCUUCAAUGAAAGCCUUAGGUUUCCACACUGGCAAGAGUGCCAAGAGGAGGAAGUGUUCUGUCAAAGGGGCUCUUCUGAAAGGCCUUCACCCGGCACAGAAAUGGGCACCAGGAUCUCCAGCUCCGAGGAGAGCAGUGAGGAGGAAGAUCCAAUGCGAAGCGUUUUAAGAAGAGCAAAGAGAGAUCCGCCUUCCCGUUGGAAACAGCAGAACCACGCAACGUGA